AUGUCAAUUACUGAAACACACUUAAAAACAUAUGAAGAUCAAAAAGAAGCCUAUAACAAAGGGAAUGGAAGUAUCUUCUUUAAUUCACUAUUUGGAGCAAGAAAAGCUCAAAAGGGAACAGCUCUCUUCCAUAUUCUUAACAACAAAAGAAAACGAUUCAUAUCCAACGAAAAUCUAAUACAAGGAAAACUUCAAUGGACAAGGUUUUUCUCUAGAAACAAACCUAUUAACAUCAUUACGGUUUAUGCUUCAUCUGAUGGUGAAGAUGAUGAUGAAAUAAUCAACAUUAUUAUUCACCUUCUACUAAAAUGUGAAAAUGAAUUCAACAUUGUGCUAGGAGAUUUCAAUAUCAACACAAGGAAACCACAAAAUUCGAGAGAAAAAGAAUGGAAAGAACUUAUUGAGUGUUUCCAACUCAAAGAACUAAUCAUCCCAGAGAAUUACACAUACGUCAGAAAAGUCAUCAACUCAGUUCAAAAAUCACGACCUGAUCAUAUCUUCGUUUCUAACAACAUCAGAAUAAUCAGAGAAGUUAUUUUGCCACCAAUAUCCAAAAAUGAUCAUCUACCGUUCUAUAUUGACAUUGAGUUCGAAACAGACUAUUGUUGGAGAAACUUCAUCUCUAGGAAAGAUAUGAAUCAAAUCUCAACAACAUUGAACGAAUCACACUAUGAUUCAUUUGAUGCACUUCAGAAAGACAUAUCAGAAAUGGUUAACAAAUUUUCUUUCAAAGACGAUAAGACCAAUCUCAAAUACAUUAACACAAUCAAUAAGAAAGAAAUCAAAACCAAAGAAAUAGAACUCCUCCAUCUUGUAACACAAGGAAAAGGUCAAAAUAUCGAGGAAAUUGAAAAACUAAGAAAUAAUAUCAAAGUACUAUACAAGGAAACUGGAGCUGAUAUCAAAGCAAAACUAAGUGAAAAUUUCAACAAACAUGACAGCUCAAUGAUUUACCAGUUUGACAAACAUCUAAAAGAAAAAAUCAAUAGAUUGGAAAAAUAUCCAAUUCUCUGA